AUGACGGCAAACCAAGCAGUAAAGACAGUCGAGGCGGGCGUCGCCAAAGUCGUCGACGCCCCCAUCCCCAAACUACCCGCCGACGACUACAUCCUGGUCAAGACGACGGCCGUGGCCGUCAACCCGACAGACUGGAAGCACGUCGACCUCGCCGACAAGGCUGGGUGCGUCGGCAUCUGGGUCGGGUGCGACUACGCCGGCGUCGUUGAGGAGGUGGGCAAGGGCGUCACCAAGGAGUUUAAGAAGGGGGACCGGAUCUGCGGGCCUGUGAAUGGAUCCAACGCCCUGAGAGAGAUUGACGGCGCGUUUGCAAAGUACAUUGCCGUCAAGGGCGACGUGCAAAUCAAGACGCCGGAUAACAUCUCCGACGAGGAGGCCGCGACGCUCGGGAUUGCCGUCACGACGGUUGGUCAAGGCCUCUACCAAACCCUUAACCUCCCCCUCCCGACCGAGCCCACGACCGAGUCCCCCGCGCCCACGAUCCUCAUCUACGGCGGCAGCACGGCCAUGGGCAUCUCGGGCAUCCAGUACGCGACGCUCUCGGGCUACCGCGUCAUCGCCACCGCGUCCCCGCACAACUUUGACUACCUAAAGUCACUGGGCGCGACCGAGGUGUACGACUACAAGUCGCCCACCGUGUCUGAGGACAUUCGCAAGGCGACAAACGACGAGCUGACGCUCGCGUGGGACUGCCAGUCGACCGUCGAGAGCGCCGUGCUCGUGGCCAAGGCGCUGAGCAGCACGAAAGGAGGCGUGAUUGGGACGCUGUUGCCUCUUGAUAAGAAGAAGGUGCAGGAGGCGAAUGAGAAAGUGGAGGUGAAGAUGAGUUUGUAUUAUACCGUUUUUGGCGAGGAGUUUGGAUACUUUGGCAAGAGGGACGCCGUACCAGAAAACUACGAAUUCGGCAAAAAGUUUUGGGAAAUCAGCCGCGGCCUGCUGGCCGAGGGCAAGCUGAAGCCCAUCCGCGUCGUCAAGAACCAAGGGGGCAGCGGCCUCGAGGGCGUCGUCGUGGGCCUGAAGGAGUUGAAGGAGGGCAAGGUUAGCGCGGGCAAGCUCGUCUACACCAUUUGA